AUGUCGGCCGAAUUCUGGGCCGGCUACCUCAGCGGUGCUGUGGGCAUCGUCAUCGGCAAUCCGCUCGACAUGGUCAAGGUGCGGCUGCAGGUGGCUCGAGCCGCUGCCCCGGUCCUCGGGUACGGCGCCUUGAAUGGCCUCCUCUUCGUCUCCUACCAGCGCACCGAGGCUGCUCUGGGCCAGGCGCACGGCGACAGCCUCUGGACCACUUGGCUGGCCGGCGCCGUCGGCGGCCUCUGCACCUGGGUCGUCAGCACUCCCACCGAGCUGGUCAAAUGUCGAGCCCAGGUGUCGGAGCCUGUCGUGUCGAGCUGGACAGUGGCGCGGCACAUGUGGAGAGCCGGCGGCAUUCGAGCCCUCUACUUUGGUGGCUCCGUUACCGCUCUGCGCGACAGCGUUGGCUACGGCUUCUACUUUUGGUCCUACAGACUGGCCAAUAGUUGGUGGCCGUUGCCGUCGUCGCCAUCUCUGCGCCACAAGGCCCCGAGGAUCCUGCUGUGCGGCGGCUUGGCAGGCAUCGUCACCUGGGCCAGCGUCUUCCCCCUCGACGUCGUCAAGUCUCGUGUCCAGGCCCGACCGUGGCAAGCGGCCCGACAGUGCUCGGGGGCCCUGCAGGUGGCGAGGGAGAUGUUUAGGGACGAGGGCGCGCGGGCCUUCUUCCGUGGCCUGACUGUCUGCAGCAUCAGGGCCUUCAUAGUCAAUGCGGUUCAGUGGGCCGUCUAUGAGAGCAUCGUGCACGACCUGUGCAACAUGCCCGACGCUCGAUGA